UCUCUCUCUCUCUCUCUCUCUCUCUCUCUCUCUCUCUCUCUCACCUAAACAACAUCAUCAUCGUCCUCAUCGUCAUCUUUGAUGUUGUAAUCUCCCUCUGUGUGUGUGACAGCAAAAACCCAAAAACCCCACCAUCAUCUACCUCUCGAAGGAAUCACCUUUCUAACCGGAACCGCAACGUGCUCAGCUACAACACUUGACCCAUCUUCACCCUCCCUCCCUUCCAUCUCUCUGCGAAGACGACGAGGCAAACGGUCCUUUUUCCGACGCACCCACAUGCCAAUCAAGAGCCUAAUCCACGACAUGCGCUCGCGCUCGAGCCGGGCUGUCCACGACGGCUCCGCUGCCGCGGUGGCGGCGGCGGCGGCUGCUGCGGAGGCCGCCGACGGCUUGAGCCGGAGCUGCUGGGCCAACAUGCCGCAGGAGCUGCUGCGGGAGGUGCUGGCGAAGAUCGAGGCGUCGGAGGGGUCGUGGCCGUCGCGGAAGAGCGUGGUGGCCUGCGCCGGAGUCUGCCGGAGCUGGAGGCACCUGGUGAAGGAGAUCGUGAAGGUCCCUGAAGUUUCCGGAAUCUUGACGUUCCCUAUCUCGGUUAAACAGCCCGGGCCUAGGGAAUCUCUGCUGCAGUGCUUUAUCAAACGGAACAGGUCCAACCAGACAUAUCAUCUCUAUAUCGGUUUGACUAAUGCGCUUAGUGAUGACGGGAAGUUUCUUCUCGCUGCACGCAAAUGUAGACGCCCCACCUGCACAGAUUAUGUGAUCUCCCUGCAUGCUGAUGAUGUCUCUAAGGGUAGCUGCACCUAUGUUGGGAAACUAAGGUCUAAUUUUCUUGGAACCAAGUUCACAAUCUCUGAUGGGCAGCCACCUCAUGCAGGAGCAAGAAUGCCAAAAAGUCGCUCAACAAGGCUAGUCAGUUUAAAACAGGUUUCACCUAGGGUUCCAGCAGGAAACUAUCCGGUGGCCCACAUAUCUUAUGAACUGAAUAUGUUAGGCUCAAGAGGACCAAGGAGAAUGCACUGUAUUAUGGACGCCAUCCCUGCUUCAGCAAUUGAACCUGGAGGAGUUGCCCCUACACAGACAGAGUUGCCUCUUAGCAGCGUAGAGUUCUUUCCCUCGCUUCCUUUUUUCCGAACAAAAUCAAAUCGCGUGGAGAAUGUGUGUUCAGGGCCUAUGGUUAGUCAGAAAGAUGGAGCCUUGGUGUUGAGAAAUAAGGCUCCUAGGUGGCACGAACAACUUCAGUGUUGGUGCUUGAAUUUUCAUGGACGAGUAACAGUUGCCUCAGUCAAGAACUUCCAACUGGUUGCUUCUCCUGAAAAUGAACCUGCUGGGCCCCAACAUGAGAAGAUCAUCCUCCAGUUUGGGAAGGUGGGGAAGGAUUUAUUUACGAUGGAUUAUCGGUAUCCCAUCUCAGCAUUCCAGGCUUUUGCAAUCUGUCUCAGCAGCUUUGACACAAAGAUUGCGUGUGAGUGAACUAUUGAACAGGGGAUUCCUAGUCUAUCGCGAAGUAAAACUCGUCCGAGCAGGCAAUGAUCUUGGAUGAUGGUACACUCGUGGGAUGCAGAAGCUGCUUGCAUUGAAGUGUGAAAUGAUUAAGUUAUUCAACUCGGUUCCUAAGUUAGUUGAAAUAAUUGGUAAGUAUUUGGGUUUUGAACUUAGGCGAGCACGUUGCGAUCCGUUGUCAACUGUCCAUGUUCUAUUUUGUUUCUGUACAUAAGUUUCUCAUGUACAAGAAGUUGUUGGUACUUCUCUGUAUGCUAUACACUUGUUUAUCUUUUGAAUAAAAAAGUAUCCCUUUGAUGGAAAGAA